AUCCAAAUUAUUUAUUUUACCAAAAUCAUUCAUAAAAAUCUUUAUUUUCUUUCUAAGCAUGAAUCUGAGAUUCUUCCAUUCCCAAAUAUAGAGAAGAAUUUUGUUCUUCCUGAUGAACUGAUUCAAGAAGUGAGAGAAGGAAAAGUAAUGAUUGAAGAAGAAGUGAAGGAGGAAAUCAAAGAAGAAAUGGAAACACAUGCAGGUCCAGAAGAAGUUUUUGCACCCUCUGGAAGUUUAGGAAAAACAACUGAAAAGCCAAGCAGCAAAGAGAAAGAGAAAACUUCAUCAGAUUCUGGGUCCAAAGAAGGAUCUGAUAAAAGGAAGCGCAACAGAGUCACUGAAAAGGUCUUAAACGCAAACAGUAAUCCUUCCAGUCCAAGUGCUGCAAAACGACGCAGAACAUAAAGCUGUGAAAAGCAGAAGAAAUUAGCGAUGGAACAUUUAAAAAACAAAUAGCAGGAUAGUCAUUACGUCAACUUUUUCAGAAAGGAGAAGAUACCUGAGCCAGGUACUCGAAGAAUCUGCACAUUGGCUUUAUGCAUACAAGACUUUGCCUGUCUUUCCUGAUUUGUUUGCUGGUUGGCAUUGAGUAGCCGAGCGAUGGCUACCUUCUCAGGGCGUUCAGGAAGGAAGCUGGCAGCAUUUAGUGGUUUAUGUGUUUGUAACAGUUGCUGUGUUUGCAUUUCCAACGAGAAGCACACACCGUGUCAGCAUAGUUCAUGAAACAAGUGUUCGUCAUAACACAGAGCCUCAAUUCAUGAGAAGUAUAGGUUAUUUCUGUAACUUUUGAAUUGCUUGGGUUUUGCCUUUUUUGUUGUUGUUAAUAUCACAGACCCUCUACGGGCAACAUUGUUUGGCUGUUUUAAUGUAUGCAAACGUAGCGUUUGUAUCAAAUGUCUGCAUUUGUUGGUUCGGUAAAACUAAAAUACUUUUAAAUACAGGUAACUAUUGUGUUGAAGUACUCUUUGACGCUGUUCGCUGGAGAAAUGUCAACUUUUACCUUUAGUGAUGUAAAUACUUUACGUUUUUUACAAUUUUAUAUACUGUAAGUAAAGUGAAAAAAUGCCCCUAGAGAGAAUAAGUGUCCAAAAUAAAACAUCCAGCGGCGUCACAUGGUUCUGAAAGGGAUCAGCUGAGCUGUGCCUAAACUUGGGGGUGUUGCCUCAUCCAUUUGUACUACAGUAGUAUAAAAUUGGGGGGUUGUACGUUGUUAUUUAUUUUUAAAGCGGUUUUAUUAAAUGUUAAGUGGAGUUGGUAUUGCAAAGCAUUAACCCUGUUCUACGAUUUAAUUUUUUACUGACAUCGUAAUACCUUUUAUAUGCCAGAACACUAUGAUUGAAGUUAGUAUUUUUGACUUGUGAAUAGAUGGACCGCGGCCACCAAAGACACGUGACCAGGCGGAAAUACUACCGAAUUUGUUCCACUGCGUUACCUGUUAGUUAAUAAAAGGAACUAUUUCUUAA